AUGAUUGAUAUUGCAAUUAUUAAGCUACAGAUCAGGUCCCUAUACUUCAAUUUGACGUUUACAGAUCCUUUAAAUUUCAAUUUUGUUGUUAUUACACCCUUUUAUGGAUGGAAUUUGGAGAGUGUACCUCACUCUCCGUUAUUGAGAGUGUGGAAAAAAAUGGACUCGUUUCAUCUAAGGCCGGCCCUGACCACCGGUAAGACGGACCCAGAAGUUGCACCACUGCCGGCACGUCGGGAGUAUUUCGGGGUUGAUGUGGGUCUUAGUGUUUUUCUGUUUGCAACAACCCUAAUUGCCAUUGUUGUAAUGUCUACUGCCAUGCAAACAAAGUUGAUUCCUGUACCAGGAGUGCCUGGUCUUGUAUUGCCAAUCGAAGCAAAAUUUGAUAAUUCACCAGCAUUAAUAUACUUUGUGGCUGCAUUAUCAGUAGCUUGCCUAUACAGUAUCAUCACAACACUAACAUCGCUUGGGGUCAUUGCUAAGCCAACUUCUACAGCAAAAGUCUUGUUCUAUUAUGCAAUUUGGGAUGUGUUGAUGCUGGGGAUAGUAGUCGCCGCGACAGGUACGGCAGGAGCAGUUGGCUACAUUGGGUUGAAGGGCAAUAAGCAUACAGGAUGGAGAAAAGUGUGCAAUGUUUACGGCACAUUCUGCGACCAUAUGAUUAGCGCAGUUGCAGUGUCAUUGAUUGCUUCAAUAGUGCUCGUUUUGCUCAUUGCACUUUCGAUCUGGACCCUCUACAGUCGGGUCCGUAAAGCAGAAUAG